UUCUUCCGUGUCGUCCUCAUUCUUGCUUUGGCUCCAUUGAAGAAAGCUCAAAAACCAGUCCUCGAUCACUCCACGGAAGACCAAACCUCGCUGUCUGAUGGCUCAGUUCACACCUCAAGGACGCGUCAAGCUGCUCUGCAACGGCGGCGGCCGGUCCAUCGUGCUCGGGUCGAAGGAUCCGCUCCCGCACCGGCUCCGAAGAUCGGUCGGGCUUCACGGCCGCAAGCACAGGUUCGCCGGCCCGUCCGCGAAGCUCAACUCCUCUUCGCCUUCUUCUAAGAGCAGGUCGCGCAAUGUCAGUGGCGGUAAACCGCGGGACGUGAGCGAGGAACGCGUGCACGUGGACGGGGAUGACAGUGACUACGACGACGACGAGCUCGGAGACGACGACGAUCUGGCGUGUUUCCGAGGUCUCGUGCUCGAUCUCUCGUACAGGCCGGUGAACGUUGUCUGCUGGAAGCGCGCAAUAUGUCUGGAGUUCAUGGAGAAGGCUGAUGUACUAGAAUAUUAUGACCAGACCGUAAACUCGCCAAACGGAUCAUUCUACAUACCUGCAGUUUUAAGGGUGCCACAUUUACUGCAAAUGGUUAAGAGGAGGAGGGUAAAAAAUAGUCUUAGUCGUAAAAACAUUUUGCAUCGAGAUAAUUACACUUGUCAGUACUGCUCUGCAAAGGAGAAUUUGACCAUUGAUCAUGUUGUUCCAAUUUCACGAGGUGGAGGAUGGAAAUGGGAAAAUUUGGUAGCUGCUUGUGCAAGGUGCAACUCGAAAAAAGGUCAGAAGACAGUGGAAGAAGCGAAUAUGAGGCUCCUUAAGGUCCCCAAGGCCCCGAAAGACUACGAUGUACUUGCGAUACCUUUAACAACAGCGGCAAUAAGGAUGCUACGGACAAGGCAAGGAUUGCCUGAGGAAUGGCGCGAGUAUCUCGCCAGGUCAUCCGAUCCAUGACCCGUAGUUUCUGUAGUUGUCGGUCUCUGUAUAUUCUCAUGCCUCGUAUAUAUUAUCUGAUCUCACUCUCGGUGGUCUAGCUGUGCCUCCGAUAAGUUAAUUCUGUUGCACAACCAAUGCAAAGACUUCCCCGAGAUGUGUAUAUUGUAAACUUGUACAUUAACUGUAAGAUCAACAGCAUAUAAUUUUUUACAUAUUUAUGAAAUGAAUGUCAUCUGUCGUUAUCUUUUUA